AUGUUCCACAUGAAUGAUUGGCUGAUUAGAAAAGUCAACACACGUGAACGCUUCGUUUAUUUCACCAUUCGGACAUAUUCUCUCUCUUUCCACCUCCCUUUCUUUCCACCACUCUCUUUUCACCUCUCUCUCUCUCUAUCGCUCUCUCUUUCCACAUCUCUCUUUCCACCUUCCCUGAAACCACCUGUCUCUCUUUCCACCUCUCUCUUUCUACCUCUCUCUCUUUCCAUCUCUCUCUUUCCAUUUCCCUUUAUUUCCACCACUCUCUUUUCACUUUUCUCUCUUUCUAUCGCUCUAUCUUUCCACCUUCCCGUGAUUGCUUUCUUUCCACCUCCCUCUUUCCACCUCUAUCUUUCCAACAUUUUCUUUCCACCUCUCUCUUUUCACCUCUCUUUUUUCCACCUCUCUCUUUCCACUUUUCUCUUUCCACCUCUCCUUCUGUCCACUUCUCUGCCUUUCCACCUCUAUUUUUCCACUUCUCUCUCUUUCCACCUUUCCGUCUUUUCACUUUUCUUCUUCCACCUCGCUCUUUCCACAUCUCUUUUAAUUUUCUUCUUUUUUCUUCUGUCUUUUUCUUCUUUCUUUUUUCUUUCUUCUUUUUUGUUCUUUCUUUUUUCUUCUUCCCUUUUUCUCCCUUCUUUUUUCUUCUUUCUUUUUCUUCCCACUUUUUACCCCUUUCUUUUUUCUUCUUUCCUUUUUAGUUUUUUCUUGCUUCAUUUUCUUCCUUCUUUUUUUCUUCCUUCUUUUUCUUCCUUCUUUUUUCUUCAUUAUUUUUUCUUCAUUAUUUUUUCGUAG